AUGGGGGCGAGGCAGCUGAAAAGAAGUGUUGAGGCUCUUCUGGGGGAUUACAUUGGGCAGAAACUCAGAGAGAAUUCUUUCGAUCCUAAAGGGAAGGGGACAUCCACAAUACUGGAUGACCUGGCUCACUAUGAUCUUGCCAUCAGUGUUGCCCUGUGGUGGUUGGACAGGGAAGAGGGACGGGAUGCCUUUGAUGGUGAUAUCAUUGGAGCAGCAACCAUCUCAGGAAGUGCCCAGUACCCUAAUCACUUAGAACGGGAGGCCAUGAUCUUGUCCUCCUUUGCUGGGUUAAUUAUGGAUAGUCUGCCAGUGGAGGAAAUCUUGGCUCUGUACAGAUGUAAACCAGCUGCCUCUUACCCUAACCAGGAAUCCAAGGGUGCAAUUGUGUAUCCAUUCACUCUGUCCUACCAUCCAUUCGCCAUGCUCAGCUCAUACAAGGCUGUGAAUCACUCCAAGAAACACAAUCAAAAGUUGAAAAGAUGGCUGUCUGAGAGGGCAAAGACCAAAGCCCCCAUCAGAGGAGUUUUGCCAGAGUCCUCAUCAUCUUCUUCCUCUUCUCACUCUUUCCUCAGUGACAGCACUGAGUGUCACAAGGACAAAGCUAAGCACUAUGAGGGUUCACAGGAGUCUCUACAGGACUGA